AUGUCUACUGGGACUUCCAGAAGCAAGGCUCGGAGGCUCUCAUACGACCCUCUCAAACGGUCGGCUCUUGCUUGCAAUCGCUGUCGAGGCAGAAAGACGAAAUGUACUGGAACGCCUCCACAUCCGUGCUCGGCGUGCCAGGAUGUUGGUGUGGAGUGCACAUACACGGAGUCCGAAAGACGCAUAAAUAUCCCUGAAAGCUAUCUAUUAGAUCUCCAAAGAAGAGCUCAGGACAAACCGGAAGAAUCUUCCAAGUCAGGGCAAAGUGUGAGUGGUUCACCAUUCACCGUUGAAGAUGAAGAGCCGAAUCAAGACGAUGAUUGGUGGUACAAAGGCAUGGAAAACCUCUGGUUGACAAGAUCAGGGGAACAUCAUUAUGUUGGCAGCGGCUCAUCGACAUAUCUCGCUCAGAGAUUGAAUCCUUCGGCUCCUAAUCUUGCUUGGGACGCGUACCCAAUGUAUAAAGACCCAUCUUCUUUGAGACGGCCACCAACGCCCUUUCUCCCACAACUACCACCAUUCGAGUUCGCCAAGAGGCUCUACACCGUGCAGAAUGCCUUUAUCGGUGGCAUUUUUCACUUUUGUCCCCGGAGGGAGUUUGAAGCACGACUACUCCAGGUCUAUGAUCAUGCCCCGGAGCCUGACAAUCGAGAGGAGACCCUAAACUACUGUUUGGUGUUACUCCUCCUUUGCUACGGUUCCAUGUAUAGUGUCAAUCAAUGGGCUGGGAGUGAUGGACCACCAGGUUUCACGUUUUUCAAGCACGCCUUGUGGCUUUUGCCUGAGAUCCAUCAGGAAGGUUCUGUCCUGUUCGUGCAAGUGUUGAGCCUCAUAGCUCCAUAUUUCCAAAAUUUGAACAGAAAGGAUGCGGCUUUUCUUUAUAUCGGGCUUGCAAUCCGGAUGGCGAUAUCAUUGGGCCUUCAUCAAGAGGUCGCUGAUCCUGAUAUGGGUCCAAUUGAACGUGAAACACGACGUCGAUUAUGGUGGUCGGUCUACAGCAUGGACAGGAUUAUCUCUGUGAAAUCUGGCAAUCCAAUUUCAAUCCACGAUGAGGAUAUUGACGUCUCGUGGCCAAGCUUUCUAGUGGGAGUCGAUCGUCACCAGUCCAGUAGCAGGGUUCUAACCCAGUACACUCGCCUCAGUUCAAUCCUCGGCAAAAUUGGGGGCGAUAUAUAUAGGAAGAAAAAUCGUCCUGGUACAAGUCUUUUACACUCUGUACAAAGUAUUAUGACGGAUCUUUCGAACUGGCUGAAAGAUGUUCCAGAAGAACUGACUCUCGAUGCUUCGACAUCAGUCAUGUUUCGCGAAAGUGUGUCUACCUUCCUUCAUUACUACCACUGCGUGUCCAUGACGGCGCGUCCGUUCCUGCUCUACGUGUCUCAGAAGAGACUUCGGGGGGUUUUGACUAAUGAUCCUGCUUCGUCUGAUUGGCGUGACGGGCUAUCAGGGAACAUGGUUAUGGUAAUCGAUAAUGCCAUCGCAGCGGCACGCGCGUCUGCGAUGACGAUGAGCAUGGCUGUGAGUCAGAAUCAAUGGGCAACAUAUGGCUUUAUGGAUGGGGAGCAUGCAUUCUCCACAGCCCUCACGCUGGUACUGGUGAAUGUUGCAUUUCCUUACAAUGAGAGGGAUGCAUCUGCAAUGGAUACUGCGUUGUCAGUCCUCCAUGGUAUGGCGGAGAAAGGCAACGAAUAUAUUCAAGCCCGACUCAAGCUACUAAUGAACCUCCAUGGAUCGAUGGGGCAUCCACAAGGGGUUGUAGCGGAAACAGCCUUACCUCUACCUCCCCAACCACUUAUGGCCUCCAACGUGACAACCAUACAACCACGGCACCCUACAAUACCACCAUAUGGUGGGGCUGUGCCUGCUCCAGACAAUAUCUCUUACAACCCCUUUCAACCCUUUCAGGACAUAUCUUUCAAUUUUGAUAUUGACGAUAAAGAUGUGCUAUGGGAUGAGAUAUCUGGAAAUCUUGAAAUUGAUAUGGAUACUGGUUGGAUCGAAAAUGCUCUGCGAAAAGACUACGAUGGCACAAUCCCAUAA